AAUCAAUAAAACAACGCCUUAUAUUUCUGCUUACUUUAAUGGCAAAAUCGAAGAACAUAAUCAACGCCAAUCAGCUAUCGUACAUUUCUGUUCCAUCUCAGAUAAUCAACUCUCUUUCCUCCUCUUCUCUCCAGUCUCUCUUGGUUUCUCCCAAGAGAAGCAGUUCCAGCAGCUUCUUUUCCGUCAACAAGUACUCAUGUAGAAGGCCGAGGGUCUGGUUGUUCGCUCUCUUCCUCUUCGGCCUUGUUGGGAUGUUGAGGUUGGGCUGGAAUGUUAACACUUUGAUCCCAUUCUCUCCCUACCCGAACCCGUGUCUCCAAACUCAACAAAACGUCGACACCAUUGGUCGAAACCACGACUCCUCGGUGGUUGCUACUAAUCUCGGUCAACCCCCUCAUGAGGAAUCAGGUGAGUUUUGGAAGCAGCCUGAUGGGAUGGGUUACCGGCCGUGUUUGGAUUUCAGCCGCGAGUACCGAAGAGCAAGUGACGCCAUUGUCAAAGACAGGAGUAAGUACUUUCUGGUGGUUGUUUCGGGUGGCAUCAGUCAACAAAGGAACCAAAUCGUCGAUGCCGUUGUCAUCGCUAGGAUUCUUGGAGCUGCUUUGGUUGUUCCCAUCUUGCAAGUCAAUGUUAUCUGGGGCGAUGAAAGUGAAUUUUCUGAUAUAUUCGACUUGGCUCAUUUCAAGAAUGCUCUUGCGGAUGACGUGCGUAUACUAUCCUCGUUGCCUUCUACACAUAUAAUGACAAGGCCAGUAGAGGAAAGAAGGACUCCACCUCAUGUCUCGCCUCAAUGGAUCCGUUCACGUUAUCUCAAGAGGAUAAAUAGGGAAGGGGUUUUGCUUUUACGAGGCUUGGAUUCAAGGCUCUCUAAGGAUCUUCCUUCUUAUCUUCAAAAGCUUCGCUGCAAGGUGGCAUUUCAAGCUUUGAAAUUUGCUCCACCAAUCCUUGAACUUGGCAACAAGCUGGCUCAGAGAAUGAAGAGUAAAGGACCCUACCUUGCUCUUCAUCUUCGAAUGGAGAAGGAUGUGUGGGUGAGGACUGGUUGCUCACCUGGCUUGAGUAAAGAAUAUGAUGAGUUAAUCCAAGAUGAGAGGAGACGGCGUCCCGAGCUUCUUACUUCGAAAUCGAACAUGACUUACCAUGAGCGAAAGCUUGCAGGACUCUGCCCCUUGAAUGUUUUCGAAGUGACUAGGCUGCUUAAAGCUUUAGGGGCUCCAAGGAGUGCAAAGAUAUACUGGGCUGGGGGGCAACCACUUGGUGGGAAUGAAGCCUUGUUACCUUUAACCAGAGAAUUUCCCCAUUUUUACAAUAAGGACGACCUUGCGUUGCCCGGCGAAUUAGAACCAUUUGCGAAGAAGGCUUCUUUCAUGGCUGCCAUUGACUACAUAGUUUCCGAGAAGAGUGAUGUUUUCAUGCCAUCUCAUGGUGGAAAUAUGGGCCAUGCCAUCCAGGGACAGAGAGCAUUUUCAGGACACAGAAAGUAUGUAACUCCAAAUAAAAGACACAUGCUUCCUUAUUUCCUCAACUCUUCAAUGCCUGAAGCAGAGUUCAACAACAUCAUCAAGGAAUUACACCAAGAAUCUUUGGGGCAGCCGGAACUCAGGACCAGCAAAGCAGGAAGGGAUGUAACAAAGUAUCCGGUUCCGGAAUGUAUGUGCAACGAUGUACAUUCCAGUUCGAUUUGAUGCCGAAGGUUUCCAACACGACAACAACAUUGCACAACAGUUUCUUGACACUGAAUUGAGAAAAUCAUUGGUGCUUCCCCUUUGAAAAUUUGAGAAGAAUGGCUUCUGGGGCACUGAUCAUCAUCUGGAGCGCCGUUUCAUGAAUGAAGCCGGCUCGAGCUUGGCACAAGCGUAUCAGAUUUCGUCUUUGCGUAUACCCAUCCUGCUUGGAUGUGUAUGUACGUAUUCGAAGCAAGAGAAGUCAGAAGUGUUCACAUAUAAUGAGAUAAUGUAUACAUACGAUAUAGUUUAUCAUUCUUUGAUUCUUUAAGAAAAGAUAUUUUUUAUUCAUUGGAUAUGUAUGUACCUCAUAAUUAUAAUAUACAUUGCAUAUUUGUUAGUAAAGAGCUUCUUCCUUUUU